ACAACAUCAAACAUCUCUCAUACCUCCGUCUUCGUAUCAUAACAGAGCGCUCACUGAUAACACCUUCGUCAUUUGCUUAUUGUUUCUCAUUAAUUCAUCAAGUUAUUAUGAAAGGUGGAAUUGAUUUACAUAACGAAAAAGCAAAUGAUUUAGAAACGUCAAUGGAACAAAUUGCAUUAGGAUUGGAUAUAACUUCUUUCCAUACAGUUAUUGGAUCUUCACUGUUACUUCCACGGUCUGAAAUGAUUAAUACACUUUUACAUAUAAUUAAAGAAUAUCCUAAGUUUACAAAAGUUGCAAGGACUGCCAUGAUUAACUUAUGCGAGUCUAUUGGUGAAACAGCAGAACAAAAGGAAAUAAAUGUUCUGCUCACCGGAUUGCUUUCUCCAGAACCAUUUGUUCGUCAUGCUUGUUUACAAGCAUUAGAUAAUUUGGACCUUACAGAUAUUGAUUUUUCGUGUGAACUAUGGAUAGGUUGUCAUGAUGAGGAUGAGCAUAACGCAAAGUUGGCAAUAGCCUUAUGGGAAUCCAAUGGAAUGGACGUUGAGCCGAGUUACAAUGUCGAAUUGUUGCCUUAUUUGAUUCAUGAAGAAAAAUAUGUCAGAGAGUGUGCUGCUAAAUCUAUCGGUAAUGCAUCAAAAUACUUCCCUGACUCGGUUGCAGACACGUUGUCACUAAUUUAUGAACAAUAUAAGGAAAAGGCAAAACCAGUUCAACCUGAGUAUGAUGAAUUUGGUAUUUUAAUACCUGAAUCUCUAAAUAAACAAGACCAAUGGGAAGCUCGUGUAGGAUUAGCACUUUCACUUGGUACACUAGCACAAAAUUUAAGACCAACAGACUUGAAACCUUUAUUUGAAUUCUUGAUAAAUGAUGAGGCAAUAGGUGAUAUUCAUGCGCAAGUUCGGCAAAAAUUGUUGGAG